AUGGGUCGCAUGCACGCUCCUGGAAAGGGUAUCUCUAGCAGUGCCCUGCCUUACCGCCGUACUCCUCCUUCCUGGGUCAAGACCACCCCCGAGGAAGUCUGCGAACAGAUCUUCAAGCUCGCCAAGAAGGGUUUGUCUCCUUCCCAGAUUGGUGUCAUUCUUCGUGACUCCCACGGUAUUCCCCAAGUCAAGGGUGUUACUGGUAACAAGGUCCUCCGUAUCUUGAAGUCCAACGGUCUCGCUCCUGAGAUCCCCGAAGAUUUGUACCAGCUCAUCAAGAAGGCUGUCUCCGUCCGCAAGCACUUGGAGCGCAACCGCAAGGAUAAGGACUCUAAGUUCCGUUUGAUUCUUAUCGAGUCUCGUAUCCACCGUCUUGCCCGCUACUACAAGACUGCCGGUCAAUUGCCUCCCAACUGGAAAUAUGAGUCCGCCACCGCUUCCGCCAUGGUCGCUUAA